AGACUGGUAUUUUUUGUGUUGUCGAACAUUGUUUUCGACCAGCACCGCUCUCCGCUGAUUUCAUUGUACUCUAAUUUUUCAAGUUUCUUGUAAUUUAAAACGAAUGCUGUGACUUCCGGACUCUUUUGAUACCGCCCCAGUAUCCGUCUGGUCUAAUUAAGCUACUAGAAAUGGAAGUGGAAAACGGCCAGGUCGAACAUUUUAACGAAGCGUCGGAUACCGGUGACAAAAUGGCGUCUGCGAAUCGUAGCGAAAAUGCCAAUAUUGAGACUUCUGCGGCGUCGUCGGAUCACGAGCUGAAAAUCAUGGAUGUAGAAGGCUCAGUUAUAGCAGAGGACUUGCCUGAGGAAAGGGUACCCAUGGUAAUUUUAGUGGAUGACGAUGACGAUGAUGACCAAAGGGUUGAAGAAAGGCCGGCGCAAGGAGAGCACGAUUUGGUGGAUACAGACAUUGACGAGGAUCAUGUUCCGAUGGUGGCAGAGCUUCAAUCGGCUCUUAACAAUCCUGAUGAGAAGCCACUAGAUGACAACCAACCAGCAGAGCCAGAACCGGAGGGGGACAACGUUUCCACCAAGACGGAACCCAGCAGCGAUGCAGAAAGCAAUCACUCGUACGCUGAUCCGAUGGGUUUGUUGGAACGCCUUGAUACCCAAGACGCCGAAAGCCAGGACGACGAAGAUGACUUCAGUAUGGACGACAGCAGUAAUGAAAAGUCACUGAUCACCCGCAAGAAGAUGCCCCGCGCCAAACGAUGGCUUCUCUGGAUGAAGCGCUGGCCAUGGAUUCUGCACGAAGACUCUGAUGGCACCUAUGCAUUUUGUCUUUACUGCAACAUGAACAUCAAUGUUAACAACCGCUCCAAGCACAUCCAGCAACAUAACAUGUCGCUAUACCAUCAGGAGCGGGAGUGCAACUACGUUGCUUUCAAGAAGAGCGAGGAGCAGGCGCGUGGAACAACCAGUGACAUCGAAGUGAAGCAUGAGUUCGGAACGAACAGCUACGUGGCCGCAAUGAAGCAGAAGCGCGUAAGUGAGAUCGAAGCCUUCAACAACUUUAACUGGCUUCGCUGGCUCCGCUGGCAUCCCUGGCUGGAGAGAGCUCAGCCGACAGGAACUGUCGGUAUGUGCCGAGUGUGCAACGUGCGUAUGAAUGUGGAGUUUGUUUAUUUGCGGAAGCGGCAUGAGGCUUCCAAGUGUCAUUUGGAGGCGGUCCGACAGUACGAGUCUGAUAAACCCAACCGCAAGCGAAAACGGAGUAGCAUCGCUGAAGCAGGAGAACAAUCAUCGGAACAGCAGCCGAGUGGUGAACCGGAGCAGGAGGAGGAAGAUACAACUGUUGUGAUGAUGAAUGGCGAGAUAAAUGCCAACGAUGAUCCUGGUCGGUGGUGCGAACUCAUUCCAGAUACCAGUCCCCAGCAGUGCCGAUGCACUCUCUGUAACUGCCGCAUGGUCAUCACUAGCUUCCUGCGCCACUGCAAGGCCAAGAUACACUGUCAGAAUACUUUAGAAAACCAACAGAAGCGUCCUUUGCAACGCGGCAUCUGGUCGGUCUACGCCGAUGUUCAUCCCUGGAUGGUAGCUGAUCCAGAAGAGCCCACUAUCGCCUACUGCAGUGUUUGUCAAAAGCGUUUUAUGUACGGAAACUCCGAAAUAAAGCGUAAGAAUCACGAGAAAUCGGAAAAGCACUUAGCUGCGGUGGGCUCCUCCAAGGCAACCCGCGAAUUUAUCUUUGAAGAAGGUGAUGAUGAAGCGAAUCAGGCAGAAGAGCCGGUGGCCGAUGGGGAGUUCGAAGUACCCGCCGAUAUAGGAGCUCCUUCGGAUACCGAAGCCAGCGAGGACUACAACAACGUCACCGACGACAACUGGUCCGAGACACAACGAGCCAAAAAGAAUUCUUCUAGGAACGUCGGGGAACAAAGAAAGGCGAAAAUCCGUGCCGGAAUUCGUUUCUAUCCGUGGCUCUGCUACUCCAAGGAUAGAAAAAUCCAGCUGUGCAAGUUCUGUCGCGUGCGUUUCCACAAUGAUGCCGCCAAGGCGCGCCACGAGUUCAGCGCUCGACAUCAAAAGCUAGUAAAGCAGUAUAAGGCUCGACAGGCGCUUUUGCCACCGGCUGAGAAAGAUGCCCAGGAAGAUGAGGACGAGGAACAGAGCAACACGGACUCUGGCACCGUAGACACCGAAAAACUACUGAAGCAGGUUAGACCCUCUACCUCCAAGGCCUUCGCGAAGCCCAUUCCGGCCACAAUAAAGGGUAAGGUGAUGGUUUGGAAGGCUCGUUUUCCGUGGCUCUCGUACAAGAAGAGCGAGGAGCGGCGCAACUAUGGAUGGUGUAAGCUCUGUGAAGUUUCGGUAUUCAUACCGACCUCAAAGUUUGCCUCGAAACACCAACGCUCCAGCCGACACAUUCGCUUGCGCAUCGAACGCAAGAAAGCCGGAGCAGGUUCUCCUGAGCCUGCGUCUUCAAAGAACUCUGAUAACAUCUCUGCUGCGGUGGCCACAGCUGCUGCGCUAACAACUGGCGAAGCGAAGCACAAAGCAGCCAUGGCGGAGCUACAGGCCAAGUACAAUUGGCUGGAACCUGAUUCCAACGACGAGAACCAUUGCCACUGCCGCAUUUGUGAAACCCGUCUGCCCAUCAAGCUUUUCUUUUUGCGGCAGCACGAUUCCUCGCGUAAGCACUCCGAAAACCUCGAAAGGCAAAAGGCUGCCGCUGUGCCCCCUCCAGCGGCAUCUCAUUCCACCUCAGAGGCUACUGCCGAGGCCGAGGUGCCGGAGUCCGGCAUGGAAGUCGACAAGGAGAGUGACGCCGAUCUGAGUCUAAGAUCCGAUGGCAGUACUGCAGAGCCCCCGUCUAAACGUUCCCGGUCGAUGGAAGUACGCCGUAUUCUGCGCGCUCUACGAGACUCCAUGGGGAAGCGGCACGAUGAGCGUAGCCAGCUAGACAUGGCCAAGGACAUGAUCUGUUCAUCCUUUGACAUAGUUUCACGCCUGAGAACCCUCGAGCGGGAGGCAGCGCCCCCUCCACCAAUUCAAUCGAAUGAUGUCUCCACUAAAGCUCCAGAGCAACGACAUGUAGUGGAUCUAUUUUUUGAUAGUAUUGCUCCCACUAUGAAAGCACUGCCAGCCGAUCUGGCGGCUGAAGGAAAGGCCAAGAUAAUGCAGUUAGUGUGCGGGUUGGAGGUCAAAGCCAUGCAAAGAAAUUCCGCUUUACCUGGCUGCAGUUCUGGAUCCGGAUCGUCCGGCAUUGCAUCGGCGACAGAAUCAUCGCCACCAGCUGUAUCUCCAGUAGCUGCUAAGGCACCUAAUCCAGAUCGAGGGCAGAUCAAUGUUAUAACCAUACCCGAUGAUGAUCAAAAAACCCAAAACAACAAUGAACCGGAGGCAAGCCACCCAAAACACAGGAGAAGUACAGGAACUUUUCACCCAGUAGCCCUCAAUGGUAACCACAACGAGGUGGCAGAGAACCUGCGGCGCAUGCUGAACAAUACCCAAGUGAAGUUGACGAAUCGACAGGAUCCGGAGGCUGUUCGUUGUGUGCCACUAGACAAGCUCACUUCGAUGGGACGCAUCAACGGUCGGCAUUCAUUAGAGGCAACCUCAAACCAACCGACAGACUUGAGUAACGGCAACGCCGUGUCCACCCUGAGGCAGAUACGCGUUAACAAUAAUAAUAACUCCAAGAUUAUGAAUUCACCAAAACCAAUGCCACAACCACAGUUGCAGCCGCCGCAACAACAUCCACAUCAGCACAUGCAGCAGCAAAUGCAACAACAUCCGCAACUUCAGCAACAACUCCAAUCAUCUUCACCCAUGAUACGCAACAAUUUGACCAGCAAUGGAGCACAGCUGUCUCCAUAUAGGGGAAUGAUGAACCACAACCGCAGGCCAUAGAAUUUAAAGUAUAUAUUGUUAAUCCCCCAUUUAUAGCUCUUAAGUUCGUCACUGUCAUUUAUUUAAUUACCCUAAUCCAGGCGGAUUCUGAUUCGGAAUUUGUGUAUGUUACAAAAGUUUUAAGUUUAAAGACAAAAACGUAUUUUUCUUACGAUCCUUUCUAGAUUUAUACAAAAUAUGCACACGAUCAUCCACACUUUCUAGUUUGACCACCAAAAUGAAUCUAAUUGUUUGGAGAAUUGCAUGUUUUCCUUUUUUUUUUCGAACCCAUCGGGGUUUUGUUUGAGAAACAUUCCCGCCCAGUAAAAAUAAUUUAAAAUUGUUAUAAGCACUCAAAAUAUUGGAUCAACCUAUUUAGUUUACUGACUUUUGCGAAGUCCAAAUAUAAUUAAACUGUAUGUCUUUCAAUUA